AUGGAUAGUACAUAUGCGCCGCAAUCCCCAGACCUUUCAGGCUUGUUGGCAUCACCUUCAAAACAGCUCCCACCACAUCCGCAUGUAAAUCAGCAGUCCUACCAAACAUCGCAGCUGCAACAAUAUCAACCCACUUCGCAGUCUAGCAGCUACACGCCGCGCUCGCCCGUCAUUCCCGCGUUCAAUUCCGUUCCUCCACAGGCGCAUAGUCAGGGUCGAAACGCAUACCAAGCCAACCAGCAAACCGCCGCCUUUUCAGCCCGGAGCAACGAGUUUGGAGAUUCAUACGGCGGGACACAAUAUAUGCCCCCAAUUCCUACACUUCCACCCUCGCAUUCCUUCAAUCCUCCUCAAACCACAGCGCAAUCUCGCUCGACCCUCCACCACCAACCGCCUUCCAAGUCCAACAACAUCUACUCCCCCUACGCCCCCGCCGAAGCAGAUUACGCUGCUGCUCACAACAUGUCUUCUCGAGGACCGCGCCAGCUGCGUGGUCAAAACCAAGGACAAGCCGCUGCGUCUUCCUCAUCCUCUCAAUCCGCAUCACAACAGGCGUACAAAGACCCCAACCCGCACAACAUCGAAAUCAAGACAAAGUUCCCAGUCGCACGCAUAAAACGCAUCAUGCAAGCAGAUGAAGAAGUGGGCAAGGUAGCACAGGUCACACCCGUUGCAGUCUCAAAAGCCCUAGAACUCUUCAUGAUUUCGUUAGUAAGCGGCGCCGCGGAAAAGGCCAAAGAGAAAGGCGGCAAGAGGGUUACUGCGCAACAUCUAAAGCAGGUUGUCCUUGGAAGCCCGGAGCAAUUUGAUUUUCUUGCGGAUAUUGUGGGACGCGUUAGUGACAAUCAGGAGGGCGCGGGCGGAGAAGCGAAGAAGCGGAAGGGAGAGAAGACGGAGGGGAGUGAGAGCAGUGAGGAAGAGCCCAAGAAGCCUAAGAAAGGGAAGGGAAGGCGGAAGAAGAGUGAUGAUUAG